AGUAUCAACCUUUGUUCGAGUUGCAGGCGCGACACCGUCUUCUCCAUUCACAUACCUUCGAACGUUGACCAUACUCCCUCCCCGAUGGAGAAGCGUGCGAUGCAGACGUACAUGCAGGAAACCCAACAAUCCUUAGUCGAACUCGAUGUCCAGAAGCAGGCUGUACAGCGGGUGAUGGAUUCUAUAAUCACGGUAGAAACCAAGCUACGACACGCGCUCGACAUGCAACGUGCCUACGUCGCGCCUAUACGUCGAGUACCCGGCGAGAUUCUGGAGAUCAUCUUCGAAUUGAGCUGCAUGGAGGCCGCUCUUGGGCUCGAUAGGUGUACUCCGCUGGACAUCAGCGCGGUUUGCAAGCAAUGGCGUGAGAUCAUGAACGGCUGUCCUCGCAUAUGGUCGAGUAUGCAGUUCACAAACAUCCCCUUCAUCGAUUGGUCACAGCGUGGACCGGCCGCGAAGCGCCUGAAGUACUGCCUGAGCAUGACGAAAGGUCUCCCGCUUAUUCAGCCUGUACGCGCGAACAGAAAUACAGGAUGCAGUGGUCUGAACCUGCUCAAGAUACUCGCCAGGCAUACGGAUCAAUGGCUACAUUUCCAGGCUGAUGAUCUCUGGGAAGAACCAGUCACCUUACUGCAGGGCCGUUCGUACAGCCGACUGCAUACACUGAACAUAGAUGCGUCCAUUCUUGAGCUUAUGACAGCGGGGUCGUCAAGGCCUUUCUGGAAUACCCCAGCCUUGAGAACCCUCAUCAUCAAGAAUGCACUUGGUGGCCAGAACAUCUUCCCAGCUUUGACGACCCUGCCGUUGGGUCAGUUGCACGAGCUGCACACUACGGUCCCGCCGGAUUGGGCCCUCGUCCUGUUGACCGGAUGCCCUAAUCUGGUACGCUGGGUGCACGACUUUCGGCCGUACAUGAUUCAUUCGCGAUAUGGAAUGCCCCGAGAAGUGAGGCUUUCUCAUCUGCAUGUCAUCCAUGCAGACCAUUUUCAUGCUGGAGAUUGCGCAUACCUGAACUGCAUCGUCGCGCCCUCACUCCGAACUCUCUAUCUAACCUGGAGCCACCCUCGCUUCGGCGCUCCUAGAUGGGCGGCACCUAUCCCGCUCGCCUUCCUCCAGCGUGCGGAGAGUACUGUGCAGGAGCUCACGCUGCGCGAUCCGCCCGCCGGCAUACGGGCGAACAUACCAUUGUUCUCCAAGCUCCGCUUGCUCAGUCUUCACACCCAAUCAUCCGACCAGCUCUUGGACGACUUCUUCGUGUCUCUGACUGAGAGGACGGCGGGUAGCGAGCUGGCCACCCUACCGAUGCUGGAGGAGCUCGAGCUGGGUGGGCACGGCCGCUAUCGCGGGCAGAAGGUCCUUGAGAUGGUGGAGGCGCGUCUCGCGGCGGGUCGUCCGCUCAGGUCGCUUGAUCUGGAUCUAUUCUCCGUUGAUAUGGAGUACUUCGGCAGUCUGGAAGUAUUGGAGCGGUUGCGCGACCUGGUUCCGGAAUUCGUGGGCUCGGAUUAG